AAUUCGAUCCGGCAUAAUUUAUCGUUACAUAAUCGAUUCAUGCGCGUGCAGAAUGAAGGAACCGGCAAAUCGAGUUGGUGGAUGCUGAACCCUGACGCAAAACCAGGGAAAUCAGUUCGCAGACGCGCCGCAUCGAUGGAAACAUCGAAAUAUGAGAAACGCCGUGGCCGUGUGAAAAAGCAGGUGGAAAGUUUGAAAAAUGGCGGACUUGCAAGUUUGUCUGGAAUGAACGAAGCUUCUUCGCCCAGCAGCAGUAUCAGUGAAGGUCUAGAUCUGUUUCCAAACAGUCCGCUCCUCAACACCGGGUUUCAAUUGUCGCCCGAUUUUCGGCAAAGAGCCUCAUCGAAUGCCAGUUCGGCUGGUCGGCUGAGUCCAAUACCAUCCGUUAUCGAUUUGGAUCCCAGCUGGAAUCAAUACACAACAAUAUCUCAGGACUUUGACACGAAUUCACUUGGGUGCAAUAACCUGCAAGGAACCACUGAUGGAGCCAUUCAAAUUAAUCAGUGCCCGACGCUGGAUCAAUUAGCGGGCUCGUUGGCCGACGAUCUGAAUAUUCAAAACGACUUUAUGCAAGGAUUCAAUCCCGUUGUAACUGUGCAAAAUCAACCGCCACCACCUCCUUAUCAACAGCCAUCUCGAACGUAUUCCAUGAAUGCGGCAAAUGCUUUACAAGCUUAUGCGGUAUCACAACAGCAAACUCAAUGCCCCAUCCACCAACGACAACCAUGUUCUUGUACACAAAAUUCCACAGAGCAGCAUGUAACACCGCCAUCAUGUAUAUCACCAUCGUAUCCAAAUAACGUGCUCAGCCAGAACUUCAAGGCAGCUAUCAAUUCGAUUAAGGUGCCGCCUGUCAAUUCAACGCCAAAUCUCGUGAAAUCAAACACCAAUAAAG